AUGAAUCCGCUGUAUUGGGCCGGUGCACUGGUACUUGGCAUCCUUUUCAAACUCUGGUCUGUCUUGCAGAAAGGCUCGCAGAAAAAGACACCCCUUGAGAGUCUGUGCCACAGUUUCCGAACCCACAUCACAGUGCCGGCAACCUUUGCGCCAUUCUCCUCUAAGCACCAGCAGCUGUGGACUCGAGGUCUCAUGCAGCAAAACUGGCAGUACUCCUCUGACCGCACUGGUAUUCUUUCAUACGCAUGCCUGCCCUUCCUGUGGCUCUUUAGUGGCCGAAACAACGUUUUCUUGUGGUUAACGAACUUUGCGAACCAAUCCUUCAUCACCUUUCACCGUCAUGUUGCAUGGGCCUGCACCAUUCUUGCUGUGGUACAUUCAAUAAAUUAUAGUGUGGUGUUUGCGGUAUAUGACGGUAGAUACUGGUCUGUUUGGAUUCAAGAGUAUUGGUACAUAGGUGUCGUGGCAACUAAACUCAUGUGUUUCAUGCUUGUACAAUCCAUGACCUGGUUCCGCCAGCAUUCGUAUGAAGUCUUCUUGGCUAUUCAUUUGGUCUUUGCGGUUGUCGUAGUCGUCGGCACACCAACUUUGACGGACAAGAAAUUCGUCGGGUAUCUGUGGCCACCUGUCGGGCUGUGGAUCAUUGAUCGACUUACUCGUGUCUUCCGUAUGGCCUACUGCAACUUGAAUGUUCGUUUUGGAAAGCAUUUCAUGAGAAAGUCAUCUUCUACGGUCACCUAUGACGAAGAAAGUGAUCUAGUUAACGGUGCUCUACACCCGAAACUUCUUCUUGAAGGGCCUUAUGGUCACACUGAGCCCAUGCAUCAAUUUGAUACGAACCUGUUUAUCGUUGGUGGUACUGGUAUCGCCGCAGCGGUGCCCUAUAUUCUGGCCCAUCUGGAACGUGUUGAGAAGAGCCAGACCAAGACUUCAAGAAUCCAUCUUGUUUGGUCUGUUCGUCAACGCGAGAUGUACGAUCAGGUCUUCACCGAUGACCUGGCUCAAAUUCUGCGAAACAACGAUACUACGACUACUAUCUACUGCACCGAGCUCCUUGCAGCCCCUCUGGAUUCGCAAUCUAAUAAGGCUGAGACUUUGAAGAUGGUUCCAGCAGUCACUGCUUCUGGAACUGGUUCGUCCACUCAGAGUGGUGGUGUUCAAUUCUUGCCCGGCCGCCCCAAUGUGCGCGAAAUCAUGAUGGCUGAGGUAGAGGAAAGCAAAGCUAGCUCGUCAAGCCUCGGCGUCUUUACUUGCGGACCCGCUCAAAUGGCUGAUGAAUGUCGAUCAUCUGUUUACCAGGCCAUGAAAGACGGCUUCCACGCAAUUGAUUACUUUGAGGAGGCAUUCGGAUGGUAA